GCCGGGCAAGAUGGCCUCGGCAGGGAUGCUUCGGGCCUUCACACGGCCCGCACCAACAGGCCAGCUCUGGUCCAGACAGCUUUACCUGAACACUGUGGCAGCAACUUCUACCUUCACUUCAACGACUACCCUCUCCACUGGCAGCUUGGCAUGGGCAAGAACUGGGACCAGUCACUCCAACGUGCCUUGGGUUCACCACACCCAGUGUUGUGUGUUUGCUUCCCGCAAUCUUACGGCGCAACAACAUCGGUACUACAGUUUCUUCAGUAAAUUGACAGCAGAAGAGCUAUGGAAGGGUGUUUUGGCAGAGACCGGGGUUGGAGCCAGGAAGGGGAGAGGCAAGAGAACGAAGAAAAGGAGGAAAAAGGACCUCAACAGAGGCCAGCUUGUCGGUGAAGGGCGCUCCGGUUUCCUCUGGCCGGGUCUGAAUGUGCCCAUCCUUAAAAAUGGAGUGGUGCAGGGAGUUGCCCAAAGAGGAAAAGAAGAACAAGAGAAGGUCCAGGCGGAGAUGUUCCAGCAAAGGGAAGAAUGGGAAAGAAAGAAAAGAAUGAAGGUUAAAAGAGAGCGGGGCUGGACUGGAAACUCUUGGGGAGGCGUCAGUCUCGGGCCCCCGGAUCCUGGGCCCAGAGGAGAAACCUAUGAAGAUUUUGACACUAGAAUACUCGAGGUGAGAAAUGUAUUUAACAUGACAGCAAAAGAGGGAAGAAAGAAAUCCACCCGUGUCCUAGUGGUUGCCGGGAAUGGAAAAGGAGCAGCGGGCUUUGCUGUGGGGAAAGCCAGCGACCGGAUGAGCGCUUUUAGAAAAGCAAAGAACAAAGCCAUUCAUUACUUGCACUACGUAGAAAGAUAUCAAGACCAUACAAUCUACCAAGAUGUUUCGUUAACUUUUAAAAGGACAACAAUCAAGAUGAAGAAACAACCCCGCGGCUACGGUCUGCGUUGCCACCGGGCCAUCAUUACAAUCUGCAGGCUCAUCGGAAUCAAGGACAUGUACGCCAAGGUCACCGGCUCAGUCAACUUACUGAACCUCACCAGGGGAGUCUUCAAGGGUUUAUCCAACCAGGAGACGCACCAGCAACUGGCCGACAAGAAAGGCCUCCACGUGGUGGAGUUCCGGGAGGAGUCUGGUCCCCUGCCCCUGCUCGUCGCCUCCCCCCUGGGGGUGCUCAGCAAGGAGCCCGAGCCCCAGGACCAGAUUCCUGACACCAAGCUGGACUGGAGCGAGAUCAAGGCCAGCCAAGGCUUCAAACGCUCCAUCUGGUCCAAUCUGAAGAGGCCGGCAUCCUGAGGCCAACGUGGCCGAAACAGGCAGGGCCACGGCCGCCAUCCCACCCCACGUCGUCCAGCGUCGCCGAGGCCGUGGGGCGAACGUUUCCACGCGCGUUGUCGACCUCCCGCCAUCUCAACCAUCUGCAGCGGAGCCGCCCGGGACGGUGGCCGCUUGAGCCUCCGGGACUGCUCUGACAGAAGAUCCAGUAGCCGCGAUGGCUUAGUCGGGUUUCCUGGCUAUAAAAUCGAAUUCCAAACCCUUUGGAACAAAAAUAAAGGAUUGCUCCCAACCUGAA